CGGGGGAAAGGGAUGAAUGUUAAUUUCAAAGAUGGCGGCGGAGGGAGGAGGGAAGGAGAUGAACGAAAUCAAAACUCAGUUCACCACCCGGGAAGGUGUCUACAAACUCCUCACACACUCCGAAUACAGCCGUCCCAAUAGAGUGCCUUUUAACUCGCAGGGCUCCAACCCGGUCAAGGUCUCCUUCGUCAACGUCAACGACCAGUCGGGCAACGGCGACAGGAUCUGUUUCAAUGUGGGCCGUGAGCUUUACUUCUACAUCUACAAAGGCGUCCGAAAGGCCGCCGACCUGAGCAAGCCCAUCGACAAGCGCAUCUACAAGGGAACACAGCCCACCUGUCACGACUUCAACCACCUCACCGCCACGGCCGAGAGCGUGUCGCUGCUGGUGGGCUUCUCUGCCGGGCAAGUGCAGCUCAUCGACCCCAUCAAGAAGGAGACGAGCAAGCUCUUCAACGAGGAGAGACUAAUAGACAAGUCCAGGGUGACCUGCGUGAAGUGGGUACCGGGCUCCGAGAGCCUCUUCCUGGUGUCGCACGCCAGCGGCAACAUGUACCUGUACAACGUGGAGCACACGUGCGGCACAACGGCGCCGCACUACCAGCUCCUCAAGCAGGGCGACAGCUACUCGGUGCACACCUGCAAGAGCAAAUCCACGCGGAACCCGCUGCUCAAAUGGACGGUUGGCGAGGGCGCCCUCAACGAGUUCGCCUUCUCCCCGGACGGCAAGUUCCUGGCGUGCGUGAGUCAGGACGGCUUCCUGCGCGUCUUUAACUUUGACGCGGUGGAGCUGCACGGCACCAUGAAGAGCUACUUUGGCGGCCUGCUGUGCGUAUGCUGGAGCCCCGACGGCAAGUACAUCGUGGCGGGCGGCGAGGACGACCUGGUCACCGUCUGGUCCUUCCUGGACUGCCGGGUGAUCGCCCGCGGCCACGGCCACAAGUCGUGGGUGAGCGUGGUGGCCUUCGACCACUACACCACCAGCGUGGAGGAGAGCGACCCGCUGGAGUUCAGCGGCAGCGACGAGGACUUCCAGGAGCACUUGGCCAACUCUGGGCGGGACCGCGCCAACAGCACGCAGUCGCGCCUCUCCAAGCGCAACUCCACCGAGAGCCGACCCGUCAGCGUUACGUACCGCUUCGGCUCGGUGGGCCAGGACACUCAGCUGUGCCUGUGGGACCUCACUGAGGACAUCCUGUUCCCGCACUUGCCUCUUUCGCGGACACGGACGCACACUAACGUGAUGAACGCCACCACCACGCCGCCCGGCUCCACCAUACUCCUUUCCGGUACAAACGCCACCAACGGAAGCACCAGCGGCGCCGUCACUCCCGCUGUGAACUCCGUCUCUAGUGCGCUCCCGCGUUCCAACAGCCUGCCCCAUUCCACCUCUUCCGGCGCCGCCACCACCACCGCAACCGGCGUGUCCAAUAACGCUAACAAGCCGGGCGGCCUGAUGGACGGCGCCAUCGCCACGGGCGUCAGCAAGUUCGCCACGCUGUCGCUGCACGAGCGCAAAGAGCGCCACCACGACAAGGACCACAAGCGCAACCACAGCAUGGGCCACAUCAGCAGCAAGAGCAGCGACAAGCUCAACGUACUGACCAAGAGCAAGACGGACGCCGCCAAGACACUGGGCACGCUGCUCUGCCCGCGCAUGGAGGACGUGCCGCUGCUCGAGCCCCUCAUCUGUAAAAAGAUAGCGCACGAGAGGCUGACUGUGCUCAUUUUUUUAGAGGACUGCUUAGUGACUGCUUGUCAGGAAGGAUUUAUUUGCACGUGGGCCAGGCCGGGCAAAGUGGUGAGUUCUUUUUAACGCAGGGCUGACCCACGCGUGCGUCUCUCUGCAACUGACGAGCUCGUAGCAAUUCCAAGAUAUGAGUCGCAUAUCACAUGGCCUUUUUCGCCCCCCCCCCCCCCCCCCCCCCCCCCCAUCCCUUCCCCCAGCUGCUCCUAUGCCAAAUCGCUAGAAAGACGAUCCUUUUGCGUUAGCUCAUCUUAUCGUGCGGUGUUUCCCAACCUUUGAGGCAAGGCAGGAAAAUCUCAAAGCACACCACCAAGCUAAAAUGUCACCAAAAGUCCAUUAAGUUUAAUUGACACCAAGUUUAAUUGUACACUAUCGUCGUCUAGUGGAGGAGGAUUUCAUUAUUGUGUGUCUUCACCGGCAUGCCGUCAAAACUGAUAUUGGGUGACUUUCCGCACCUUGGUGGUUGGGAAUCACCGCUCGGCUACUUUGCUCCGAACAAUCUCGUGUACACUUCCGCGUGUGCUGACAGCUUAAGUCGUGUUUCAGUAAAAAAAAAAGAAAAAAGUACUUCCAUCAAACCUCAGGCAGGGAUGAGCCAAUGAGGAUUCAUUUUUCACAAAAUGUCUCUUCCAAAUUUUCAAUGCACAAAUCGUAGGAAAAAUAUCUGACAAAAGAGUCGAAAGAUAAAUAUAUAUAUUAAAAAAAAAAAUGUCGGUUAUAUUUUUAGUAUGUGCUAAAUGCCGUAAUUAUCCAAAUGAAACCAUUGACACUGUCUGGAAUACCAUUAUAUCUAAAAGUAUACAAAAUGGUGGAAUGCCAUUGUCAAUUUUUUCUGUUAUGAUUUGAGCAUGGCAAGGCGGUCCCAAAAAAUGUUAUGAGGCCUUGAUUUGAAAAAAAAAAAUAUAUAUAUAUAUCCUUGCUGAAAUCCUCAUUUCAAUGGCGAAGGUGAAAGUCGAUCACUGUGUCCGUGGCUUGGCCCAAUUCGGUGUUGAGCGCACAUGUAAGGGUUGGGAAAAUCUCUCAAUAGGUCCCCCAUGUUUUUUUAUUUUUUAUUUUCUGAACAACAAAGUACAAGUUCUAGAAAAGCUUUCAAUCAGCAAAUGUUUAAAUGCAGAACUGUGAAUAUAUAGGGGCUCACUCUAUUUGGAGUUUUCACUGUUCUAAAGCAUUUAGAUGGCAUUAAACGGCUGCUUUUAAUGCCAAUACCUAAAUGAGCAUAUUUUUCCCCCUUUUUGCUGCAGUUUGUAAAUUCUUUUUUUCCCUCUUCUCCCAAAUGGAAAUCUCCAGGAUUUAUUGUCCUCCCAAACCCAAUCCAGCUCUCCCAGCGGGAACAGUAGUACAGCUCCCAACACAAUAAAUCUGCUGCUAAAGACAAAACCCCACGCAAGACGCUGCUCUUCAUUUCCUCCGGAGCGAUGCAAAUUUUCCCUCAUUUUUUUAUUUUAUUUUGGUUUUGUAAAGAAAUCCCCUUUUGUCGUCCUGCCUUUAUUGUUUCACAAGAGCAGUGUUUCCCAACACCUAUUGAGCUAAGGUGCCUAUAUCAUGAAAAAGUAUUUGCCCUGUUUUUUUUCUGGCCUGCGGUUCUCGAGAUAUUAUUCUGGGAUCCUUUAUGACCUCCUAGAAGAAUCGUUGUUGUGCUCUUGGGGGGAAUUUAUACAGGCCGGCUACUUGUGGGAAGGUUCACUACUGUUCCACGGUUUCACCAUUUGUGGCUGUUUUAUUGGAGUUCUAAAGCUUUAGGAUUGUCUUUGUGUAACCUGUUUCAGACUGGUAGGUGUCAAUUAUGACACGUCUGGACGUAACUAGUUUCGGGUGUGGUCAGCAAAAAUGAGCAAGCCACAGUUACUUUCUUAUUUAAGAAAGAGCCAGGUAGCUUUGAAUAUAUUUUUUCUUGAUUUAAAAAUCACCAUUCAAGAAUUGUAUGGAUACCGAAAUUUAAAAAAAAAAAGGUAAACAUUUCAGAUUACUGCAAACACUUCUCAUGUAAAUGUAAUUUGAAUUAUUGUGCAAAUUAUUUUUGGUCCUAUUAAUGCAAUUGAACAAUGGUUGGGAAUCAGUGCUUUUGAGCAGAGGUGACAAUCCGGGAUGCUUGUUCAAACACGUGGCUAGCCUGAAAAAAAUCAGACAGGUUAGUCGUUAUAUUUUC